GAUUGGCGCUUGUGUAAUCCGUUGGUUUGUUGUGCGGAGAGGGGCUUGUCUUGAGGAAGAGGCCAGUAUGGAUCCGCCGCGGGAUAUUCAACAUUUUAAACGAAAUAUUGCCACUCGGUCCACGGUAUCGUCGUGUUCGUCUCUCGCUAUGGAGAUUAAGAGAAAGAAAAUAAGAGAAAGCAUGUUUUUUCAAAACGAGGACUGUGAUAUUAAGGAAAAGUUGGAGUUUGAGAUGCGGAUGAGAGCUGGGGCUUACAAGCUUCUUGUUGCCAGCACUAAAAAAGAGCAGGUGUUGGAUGCCUCCAGGAGUCUGUUAACCUGUAAUGCCCGAAUUAAAGCCUACAUGAGUGAAGCCCAGAGGAGGAAAGAGCAGCAGGACAUCAGAAGGUCCUCAGACUCUCUGGACCAAAUCCCUUGUAAGGGAAAGGUAGCCAUAUCUGGCCUACGAAUUCCAUUGUUUUGGAAAGAUACAGAACAUUUUAACAGCAAAGGGAAUGUGCAGCGGGUGGCAGUUUUCUGUUUGAUGAAGAUUGACUCAGAGAUUUUUGACACUGAAAUGGUGAUUGCAGAUCCCUCAAUGACUGAUAUUUGCUUUGAAGGUGUCAAAAUUUUCUCUGAAGUUAAGCCGGACUUUGAACUGACAUUUGAGCUGUAUAGCUGUGGACUGGAGGAGGAGACCACCUAUGUCAACACUCCAAAAAAACUAGCAAGGAAGCUGCGCUCCUCUUUUGGCAGAUCCUCAGGCAGGAAACACUGCCCUCUUCUGGAUGGAGGAGAUCCAGACACUUUCCUCCAGUCCAACCCAAUACCACUAGGUGCUCGAUACUCAUUGUUGGCGUACACCACAUUGGGUUUGGAGCAGGCAGAGGGAUCUUUCCAGUCUCAUUCCCUUAUAAUCUUGCAAAAUGUGGAGGCUUCGUCAUGGCUGCCGUUAUAUGGUAACUUGUGCUGUAAGCUGGUGGCACAACCUGACUGCAUGACACAAGACAUGAUGAGCGGAUACCUGAGCCAACAGCAAAGCAUUGAGGGUUUGCAGCGCCGCUGUAAGCUGUACUGUGUGCUGAAGGCCGGACAGAUUUCAUGCUAUUAUUCACCUGAAGAAAUCCAAGCAAAAGUGGAGCCCAGCCUCAUUAUUCUCAUAAAUAAGGACACCCGUAUUCGUGUGGUAGGAAAGGAUCACCAGAGGACUGGCACUAGACUCAACCUGAUAAACCCGGGAAACGGAGACUCUGCCAGUCAUGUGUUCAUUACUGAAACCCCUGAUGUUAUGCAGGAGUGGCUGGAUGCAUUCUGGCAGCACAUUUAUGACCAGAGUCAGUGGCAACACACGUGUGACAAGCUUAUGGAAAUUGAGGUUGUGUCACCACGCAAACCCCCGCUCUUUCUCACCAAGCAAGCUGACUCUGUUUAUAAUGAUCUGAGCAUCGGGUCCCCUGGGAAAUUUGAGAGCUUGACUGACAUAAUUCACAAUAAGAUUGAGGAAACUGAUGGGCGCUUUCUCAUUGGUCUGGAGGAGGACACAGAGCCUCCUCAUUGGGCAGCACUGUUUGAAGGAUCCCGGCCAAUGGUGGUACAAAAAACAGUUCUGUCACCAGGUAAAGAAAGCAAUCAGUCUAUUGCGAGUCCCGUCACGGCCAGCAAAAAGAAGAGGAGAGCACCUCCACCCCCUCCUGAUAAAUUACCGUUUGUUCAGCCUACCAGCGUAGUUUCCAAUCAGGAGAAAGAGAACUGUAAGGCGGCGAGGCCUCGGACGGGGCGACCCUCGCUCGAUGCUAAAUUCUCUGCCAUCAUUCAGCAGUUGCAGAAGAGCCACACAUCCACUCGCAAAAACGCACCCCUUGGACAGAUCGAGCCCUGUCAGCACCCUUGUGUUCCUCAGAAAAGAGAUGAAGAGUCAGAUAUACCUGAAAAUCCUGGAAAAGAAUACAGUCAGGCCCCUCAGCCACCUGUGCCGGCCCCGAGGAACAAACUGAGGAUGUCAUUCAGAGAGAAGAUGAACCCAAAAGCCUGGUGAAUUAAUGAGGCGCGAGACAUCUCUUUGAUUAAUGAUCUGCUAUGGAAAGAUGAAAUGUCCUUGGAUUCAUGAGGAGAUAAACUCCCUCUUUUGCUUUCAUUGAUCAUAUCAAAUGUGGACGAGAAUGCUGGGAGUGAAUGUAUAAAUGGCCUUCCUUGUUUGUUCUAGCUUGAACAAACACCCAGAAUCAGACAAAAUUUGCUACUUUUUGUAAAGUCUUACUAUUUUAAUUGUUUUUAAAAUAACAGUUUUCAUUUUCAUGACUCCAUGAUGACCCAGUUCAUUUCAAUCUUGAUUUACUGUUAAAGUCACUUGAAUAUCAUGUUUUAUAAAGCUAGUUGUCUGUAAUAACCACUCAUGAUGUAACCACUACAACCAAGCACUUUUGGCCGGCAGCUGAUGCGUCAUUUUAGUAUGCGUUUUCAUUUUUACCUUUAUAUGACCGAUAAUGUCAAAAUAUGUGUCUGUAGUUUGAAAACGGACACAUAUUAUUAAACAGGUAAAUAACAUUUUAACAUUUAUUUUUCAUGACACUAAGGGUGUAAUCUUCAUACUGUUGUAUUGGAUCAAAAUAGUUACUUUUUUAUACAAGGUCUGAGCACUAUGAAACACUACGUAGGGUACAGUGUAUGAAAAUGUCUUGUUGGGUAAAUUUAUGAUUUGUUUACUAUCAUCGUUUCAUUUAUGUACACUUCUGAAUGUUUAAGUAGCACACACACAAUGCAUUCCACUAAAUGAUGUUGUUGUAGAUUAUUUUCAAGAUAAUUCAUGUUGUUACGGUGGUACUUGUGCAAUACAUGGUUUCUGUUGUUUGGAACUGUUCUAUUUCAGUUGUUUUAGAGUAAUUCACUCUUUAUCAACAAGUUUUCUUUGGGCAUUAAUCUAGGAAAAGAUAUUUGUAGUAAUUUUGCUAAAAUGAAAUGGAACAACAUUAAAAAGUUGUACUA